CUAGAUCAUUUCCUUCAGUAAGUAACAAUAAGAAUGAAUGGACAUAUAUCAAACACCCCUCCUGGUGGAUACGGAAGUUAUUCUCCUCAGAUCAAUGGCUAUGGCUCACCAACAUUUGCUCAGGCAGAGAGGGAGCAGAGUUCAAGAACAAGUGCAAAAGCUCUUUACGAACAAAGAAAGAACUAUGCACGGGACAGUGCCAGCAGCGUGUCUGAAACAUCACACUACCAUGUGGAGCACUUGACCACCUUUGUUUUGGACCGAAAAGAGGCAAUGAUUACAGUAGAUGAUGGAAUAAGGAAGCUGAAAUUGCUGGAUGCUAAAGGCAAAGUGUGGACUCAAGAUAUGAUUCUUCAAGUGGAUGACAAAGCUGUCAGCUUAGUGGACUUGGAAUCAAAGAAUGAACUGGAGAAUUUUCCUUUAAGCACAAUUCAGCAUUGCCAGGCUGUGAUGAAUGCAUGCAAUUACAAUUCCAUUCUUGCAUUGGUAUGUAAAGAGCCAACCCAAAACAAGCCCGAUUUGCAUCUUUUCCAGUGUGAUGAGAUUAAGGCUAGCUUUAUUCAUGAAGAUAUUGAAAGUGCAAUCAGUGACAGCAAAAGUGGAAAACAGAAGAAAAGGCUUGAAACACUGAGGAUGAUCUCCAAAGCUGACAGCGCUAUCCCUCCGCCCCCAAGGGCACCAGCCCCAGUCCCACCGGGGACCGUCACCCAGGUGGACGUGCGAAGCCGCGUGGCGGCAUGGUCAGCGUGGGCCUCCGAGCAGGGCGAGCUUGAAAAGCAAAGACAGUACCAGGACCAUGAAGAAACAACAGAAAUGAUGGCAGCUAGGAUUGACAGAGAUGUUCAAAUUCUGAACCAUAUUUUGGAUGACAUUGAGUAUUUUGUUACCAAACUUCAAAAAGCUGCUGAGGCAUUUACAGAACUUUCGAAGAGGAAGAAAACCAAGAAAAGUAAAAAGAAAGGACCUGGAGAGGGAGUUCUUACUCUCCGUGCAAAGCCACCACCUACAGAUGAGUUUGUUGACUGCUUCCAAAAAUUCAAGCAUGGCUUCAAUCUUGUGGCCAAAUUGAAGUUGCAUAUCCAGAAUCCUAGUGCACCUGAAUUGGUUCAUUUUCUCUUUACACCACUACAUAUGGUGGUGCAGACAACAGGAGGCCCAGAACUUGCUAGUACAGUACUCAGCCCCCUCCUAACGAAGGAUACUAUAGACUUCCUGAGAUUUACCGUCACCAGCGAAGAAGGGCAGUUGUGGAUGUCACUGGGUGACACGUGGACUAAAGCGAGAGCGGACUGGCCCAAAGACCAGUUUAUUCCACCCUACGUCCCUCGUUUCCGAAAUGGUUGGGAACCUCCUUUGCUGAACUUCAUAGGAGCUCCGAAGGACCAAGAACUAAAUCAUUUGGCUGAGUCUGUGGCAAACGUUGCAGAGCAGCAGAGGAAACAAGAAAUGAGAAGAUUGUCAGCUGAGCCUCCUGGCGUUCCCGACUACCCUCCAUCCGACGGGUAUGCAUUCAGUAACACCGCUUACAAAAGAGGGCCUCUCCCGGACCAAGGGGCCGCUGUCGCUGCCUUUAAGCAAACUGUUAGCCGGCACGUAGAUAGAAACUACGAAGCACACAAUAAAGCACAGCCCAAGAAAUAUGCCAAAUGCAAGUAUGAGUUUAUGGCAAGAAACAACAGCGAGCUUUCUGUCUUGAAGGAUGAGAUUGUGGAGAUUCUAGAUGACAGGAAGCAGUGGUGGAAGGUUCAGAAUAAAAGUGGCAGUGCAGGCUUUGUGCCAAACAACAUUUUGGACCCACUGAGAAGUCAAGAAGGUGGUUCAGGAUGGCCAGAACCUGCAUAUACCCGCACCAUCCAGAAACAAAGGAUGGACCACGUUGCAAAGCAACCCGACCCGGUUCCCGUCACUCCGUCGCCACCCCCAACGCCCGCUCCCAUCCCCGUGGCUGUCCCGCUCCCUCCCAGCACCCCAGCACCCAUCCCCGUCCCCGUGCCCAAAGCCCCGGCCAUCAGCCGUCAGAGCAGCACGUCGAGUGACAGCGGCGGCGGCAGCGUGGCACGCGACAGCCAGAGGCACAAGCAGCUUCCUGUGGAUCGUAGGAAAUCCCAGAUGGAGGAGGUGCAGGAUGAACUCAUUCACCGGCUCACCAUCGGCCGGAGCGCUGCGCAGAGGAAGUUCCACGUGCCACGACCUAACAUCCCUGUAGUUAAUAUUACUUACGACUCGUCACCUGAGGAUGUCAAAGCGUGGUUGCAGUCCAAAGGAUUCAACCCUGUCACUGUUAACAGCCUCGGUGUGCUGACGGGAGCGCAGCUCUUCUCCCUCAACAAGGAGGAACUGAGGACCGUCUGCCCCGAAGGGUCUCGAGUCUACAGCCAAAUUACGGUACAGAAAUCGGCCCUAGAGGCUAACAGUGGUAGUUCAGAACUGCAAGAAAUAAUGAGAAGACGACAAGAAAAAAUCAGUGCAGCUGCCACAGAUUCAGGAGUGGAGUCCUUUGAUGAAGCAAGCAGCCACUAAAUGUCUUUCCUCCUUUCUUUAAGUCCAUUGUUCCUAACAUUAUAACCUCAUACUUUGCUUUAGGAAGCAGUGAAGGAGUCUUAUUACCUUGUAAACAUGACUAAUCACCAUAAAGAGAAUUACGUUUAGUUUUCACAGAAUACCUGCUGUUGGCCUCUCAUGGUUCAAAAUGAAUAGAUUAGAAAUUCAAGGAAAGAUGCAGGCAAGUGAAAAUAUUUGGCA